AACAGGAAAGAUGGAUCCUAAGCUAUUGGAAGAAAUAUUCAAGAAACAAUCAGCAGACAUGAGAAUUCAUAAAGAGCAUAUACUGGAAGUAAUCGAAAAGUUUGACAUUAUCAUCUAUCCAUUGCUACUGACGGAAAGUGGAAAUGUACAAAGGGAGCAUAGUGUUUUUUACGUUCCAUGCAUGCUUCAAACAUUACAAAUUAAGGAUAUUGAUGUAUUGUUUAACGUUCCAAAUGCUAGCAAAUCUACAUGUAUGUGUUUUGUCUUUAGUUUUUUACCGCCGUAUCUAAUCAGCAAUCUGAUUGUCUCUUGUCUACGAGAAUAUCCUCUAGCAGUGGUGAAGGGCGAGAUAGGUCUCUUCAAGGAUUGUUGUGUAUUCAAUAUUGACAGAACUGGCUGUGCAAAAUUUGUAUUAGCAAAGAGUGGUCAUAUGAUUCAGCUGCAAGUAUGGCAAUGGGACGAAGUAGAUACAGAGGUUAACCAAGCUGUUUUAAAAGUUGUCGAAAGAGAAAUCAACAGAAUUAUCAACACGCGAUACAAGUUGAAAACGGUAUCUUUCGAGAAAAAAUGGAAGUGUGAGACUACCAGUUUCUCCUUUGACACAGGAUUCCUUGAAUUUGAUCAAGUACAUGAUGGGAAAAAAUAUUAUUGCGAAGAACAUGCGACAACUCAUAAAUAUAAAGACUAUUGGUCUGGUGAGAAAUCAAAGGCUCCCCGUAGAAUAAGUAGUGAUCAACAGAAUUACGUCAGAAUGUCUAUGAUAGUUCUAGAGGUAUUAUCAGGCGUUUUAUACGAUCGCUUAUUCUUAGAUACAAAGACUGGAGAAAUACUUGAUCGUGAUAAGUUGGACAUAACAGAAAUGUGUAAGAAAUAUUGUGCUUUAAAAAUAAACUUUCCAAGUCAAGGCUUUAGGAAUAUAGGAAAGGUUGACGAGAUUUCUACCAAUGAAACUACUAUUGGUGACGACAUUCAACGGAUACGUGUGAUCAGAAAUGAAAUGCAGCAUUCUUCUGUCUUUGCAUUAGAUGACACACGAUACGAAACACUCAUCAAAAUAGUUCGUGCUAUGCUAACUAGAUUUGAUCAGUGUAACAAUCCAGCAGGUGAAUCCUACGUAAAUCGAUUAGACGAAAUCAUGAAAAUGGAAUUAGAGACCAGGAGUUUUGAAGAGAUAAAAGAAAGAAUGAAAGCAGGAUUGAUAGAAAAGAUUCAUGCAGUUUUCGAUAGUGUGGUAUCUGAUGCUUUGAACGAUAUUUGUUAACUCAUUUUUGUAUUCACCAUUUGCGGUCAAUGGGAUAAAUAUUGAAUAUGUGAAAAAUUCGCAUAUUAGAAAAAUGUAAUGAACUACUCAAACUAUAAUUUACUAAUUAAAUUGACAAAAACGUCGAUGGUAAACAAUAAAUAUAAACAAGAAGAUGUGGUUUGAACACUGUCCAUUCGAGU